AUGGUAGCCGAUGCCUUGAGUCGCAAGGCAGCAAGUAUGUGCAGGUUAGCUCGAUCAGUUGCUUCUGAGCGUCCUUUAGCCAUAGAGGUUCAGAAUCUGGCUAACAACUUUGUGCGUUUUGAUGUUUCAAAUCUGGGCAGAGUUUUAGCAUGUGUUGAGGCGAGAGGUGAGGCCAAGGAGGCCAUGCUUGAUAGUGAGGGGCUUCUGAAGAUCAAGGGAUGCGUGCGUGUUCCUCGUGUGGGUGGUCUGAUUCGAUUGAUAUUGGAGGAGGCUCACAACUCCAGGUAUUCUAUUUAUCCAGGAGAAAUGAAGAUGUACCGUGAUUUGAGACAACACUUAUGGUGGGGUCGGAUGAAGAGAGAUAUAGCAGAUUCUGUUCUAUGUAUGCGAAUUAUCAGCAAGUCAAGUGUUAGCACCAGCAAUCUACUGAGGUAUCAUUCAGACGGGUCUUAUAUUGUUCUUUGGGAUUCUGUGUUGCUUGAUGAGAAUUUGUCUUACGAGGAGGAGCCUAUAGUGAUUUUAGAUAUAGAAGUUCAGAAGUUGAGGACAAAGGAAAUAGCUUCGGUGAAGGUUCAGUGGAAGCAUCGUCUUGUUGAGGAGGCCACUUGGGAGCCUGAGUCUGAUAUGCGUAGUAGAUAUCCUCAACUUUUCACCGAGUGA